GUUGAAAACAAUGGACAAGAAUAUAAAUAAAUACAUUUCUCUGGUUACGGAAAUGAAUAAUCUCGUUAAGGGGGUAAAGGAAAAGUGUUUCUGGGAUGUUGAAAUUAUGGAAAUGUGUAAAAGAUGGGAUGAUGCGGUUAAAAAUACAGUUCCGAGAACUGAUGAAGUAAGCUCUGAAGGUGAUGAGGCGUUUCAAAACAAAGUUGGACAGGGUGGCGAAACAAUUCAAGAGUUAGGAGGCGAUGGAGAUGCAACAUUGGAACAUGAAAACACAGGAAACGAUAAAGGAUGUGAUGAUGUUCAUAAUAUGACAUUUGAUGAUGGGGGUAUUUCAGACUCAUGCCUAGCUACCUUACAAACCAUCGAACCAGGCGUAUACAGGCAGACGACAGAAGUGACACAAGCAGAUGUGGUAAACAACAUGGACCAACCUGUAAAUUUGGCAGAGUGCAGUCAGCAACAAGCACAGAGACAGAAUACAAUAACCGAGUCGAUGUUAAAUGAGCUUGUAAAGAUAAACCCUGACGUCUAUGGUAAAGAAAAGCCUCCGACCACAUCCGCUGAUGAAACUGAUGAAGUGACAGAAGCAGAAAUGCAGUCGGUUGAGUCACUUUUAAAAUUAUUCAACACACAAAUUUCAUACAAAAAAUAA